GGCAAAUUUCAGUCUUUUAAGGUACAACACCACACAGCACAGCACAUAGCCAACCCAUCCACUAUCUACUCUUCCAACCCAUUUUCCCAUAUUUAUAGCCCUCCAAAAUCUCCAUUUUCUUCACACCUCUUGCUCUCCUAUACAAAUACACGCCCCCCAGAAGGUUUUUGAAUUUCUUUUCUUCAUUAUCGUGUCCAAGAAAAAAAAAAACCCUUUGUGAGAGUAUAUAUAUUUUUUAAUUUAGUUAAUCAUGGCUGACGAAGCCAAGAAGGCAAGUCCUGAAACCCCACCUGCAGCUGAGGAGGUCACCGUCUCCGACGUGCCGGCGCCGGAGAAGACUGAAACCGCCGUUUUGGAGAAGGACACGCUGCCUCAGCCGGAGCCGGAUCCGGAGCUGGCCGAGAAACCGGCGGAGGCGGAGGGAGAGGAGAAAAAGAUAGCCGGAUCUGUCUCCUUCAAGGAGGAAAGCAACAAGGUCGAUGACCUCAUUGACCCGGAAAAGAAGGCCCUCGACGAGUUCAAAAAGAUGAUUCGAGAGGCUCUCGAUAAACACGAGUUCACCGCCCAGCCGCCACUGCCAGAGGCGGCGGCUUCCGCCAAGGAGGAAGAGGAGAAGAAGGAGGAGGAAGAGGCGAAUCCGGACGACAAGAAGGAAGAAGAGCCAAAAACCGAGGUAAAAACCGAAACUUGUGAAGCGCCUGGAGAAGUUCCGGCGAAGGAGGACACGGCGGCGGAGGAAAAGGUUGAAGAGAAAGAAACCCCACCACCGGCCGCAGAGCCACCGUCAUCGGAAACGGCGGCGGCCGAGAAGGCCGAUGAAAAAGUGGAAGCGGCCGAGAAAAUCAAAGCAACUAUUGUUCAUGAAGUCACUGCCGCCCCUGCCACGCCGCCGACGCCGCCAUGCGAGGAGUCCUCGGCCGCCGCCGCCGCGCCGGUUGAGGAGGAGAAUCCCAAAGAGGUGGCGGAGGAGGAAGGAGCGGCGGAUCCACCACCGCCGGAGGAGGUCUCCAUCUGGGGAGUUCCCCUCCUCGCCGACGAGAGGAGUGACGUCAUCCUCCUCAAGUUCCUGAGGGCUAGGGAUUUCAAGGUGAAGGAAGCUUUCGCCAUGCUCAGGAGCGUGGUUUCAUGGAGGAAGGAGUUCAAGAUUGAUGAACUGCUGAAAGACGAAGGUGUCGGGGCGGACAGUGGUCUCGAAAAAGUCGUGUACAUGAACGGAGUUGAUAAAGAGGGCCACCCAGUAUGUUACAAUGCCUUCGGCGAGUUUCAGGACAAGGAAUUGUACAGCAACACAUUUUCGGAUGCGGAGAAGAGGGCCAAGUUCUUGAGGUGGUACAUUGGGUUCUUGGAGAAGAAUAUUAGGAAUCUCGACUUCGGACCUGGUGGCAUUUGCACUUUUGUUCAGGUCACUGAUCUGAAGAACACCCCUGGAUUACUGUUGUUCAAGAAAGAACUCCGGCAAGCUACCAACCAGGCCCUCCAAUUGCUCCAGGACAACUACCCUGAAUUUGUUGCUAAACAGGUGUUUGUCAAUGUGCCAUGGUGGUAUGUGGCUUACAACAGGAUGAUAAGUCCAUUCUUGACACAGAGGACUAAGAGCAAAUUUGUAUUCGCGGGUCCAACCAAAACUGCCGAGACCCUCUUCAAAUAUAUAGCGCCCGAGCAAGUACCCGUUCAGUACGGUGGCCUUAACAAGGACCAAGAAUUCACCACUUCUGACUCUGCAAUUGAGGAGAUUAUCAAGCCGGCCAGCAAACAUACAAUCGAAUUCCCUGUACCUGAGUCGGGCACACUGGUUUGGGAGGUGCGGGUAGUGGGAUGGGAUGUUAGCUAUGGAGCGGAGUUUGUGCCGAAUGCAGAGGGAGGAUACACUUGGAUCAUUCAGAAGCCAAGGAAAAUCGGGCCCUCGGACGAACAAGUUGUAACCUGCUCGUUCAAAAUCGGUGAAGCUGGUAAGGUCGUGCUCACGUUUGAUAACCAAACUUCGAAGAAGAAAAAACUUCUCUACAGGUCCAAGACCGAGCCUUCUGAAUGAGAUGUCUACUGGUGGAACGUAUUUUUUCUAGCAUAUUCUUUUGUGAUUGAUGUUAAAACUUAGUUCGAAUUUUUUUCCUUAUUUCCUUGUUUUUUGAUGAAGCUGGAUUAUUUAUAUGUAUGAUGGAAGAAAGGAUUUGGGAUUGUUCAUAGGAUGCUUAUGGUUUUGAUUACUUGGGAAUGUGAAAGUGUGUGAAAUAUGGAUGUGAACUUUUGUUACUAGUUGGCAUUUUUUCGUUUGUGUAAGUGAAAGUCGUCACUGGAGGUUUUUGUUUGUCUUUCAUGGAUGGUGAUGUUUAUUGAAUUGUCCAGCAUCCAUUUAUAUUUGCCUUGCAUAAAGCAAAACAAAAACAUGAUGCAAAAUAGGGAAAUAGGACCAGGUGAAGUGUUGGCUUUAAUAUUCCUACGCUCAAGUAAUUUUACGUACAUACUACAUAAAUACUCUCUUUGACAGGUUGUCGGAGAGGGCUUUAUUUUAUCUAUUAAGGAGUUGUUUUCUUUAGCGUUUAGUUCUUGUGGGUGUAUUGUGUAUUUCUUGUUUUGUUUUGGGUGUUGAUUCUCUUUCUGGGAGUUGUUAUUCUUUAUUAGUGGGAGUUUCGUAUUAUCGUGGGUGCAUUUAUGGUGUAUAGGCUCCUCUUGGGAUUGUCUUCUCACUGGAUUCAACCAUGUAACUGCUUGAUUCGACAUUUACUGGCUGUUAUCGAGAUUGUAAUUAUGUGUUCGUGCUUAUAAAACUCUAUC